AGAGCAGCAGAGGGGGUGGUCCUUGAUUGCUGGAAGAGUCACAGAUUGAGAGAGAGAGAGAGAGAGAGAGAGAGAGAGAGAGAGAGAGAGAGAGGGAGAGAGAGAGCACGCGAGUGAAGGCAGUCUCCACCCGCUUCCAAGAGAAGCAAACCGUUACUUCAUGUGCUGUGCCUGUUCUGGAGUGAGCAGGUUCCUCGCACGUAUAUCUGUGCACACAGAGCAACUGCCCACCCCGACUGCUGGCUCUCCGCGUACAUGGCCAAGGUACCUCAGUCGCCACAGCAGGCUGGCAUGAGUGCCAACCAGGCAGCAUGAAGAGUGGGCACCAGCGGUCAGGCUGCGCGUGCCAACAUUUGUUCCGUAAGGUCCUGGCAAAGUGUGGAUGUUGUUACAGAGUACGAGAGUCGUACUCCGUGACGGGCAGUGAUGGCAGCAUCUCCACCUCCGCGGCCUCCAUCCAGCCACAGCCGUCCACCAGCUCGGCCCCCAGCUCGCCCAGCUCCAAGCACUCAGUGAGCACACUGAAGAAGUGGCUGACCAGCCCGGUCCGCAAGUUGAGCAGCAGCAAGGUCAACAGGCGAGUGAAGAAGCUGGAGUGUAAGCCCAAGAAAACGGAGCGCAGGAAGAGUAUCGACCUGGGCAUCGUCAACAAAGGCAGCGAAGCUCAGGAUGUGAAGGAACGGAAGGAUGGGCCAGGUAGCCGCAGAUCAUCCAGAGAUGAACGGGUAACAGAAGUAAUUCCAGAGGCACCUCCAGUCCUUUGCGAUGAGCCGAAGAAAGAGGUAGAAGAAAAGGAUACUGCAGUGCAGGCUCCAGUGUCCCCCCUCUCUGAUCAGGAUGUGGCGGUGACCCAUCCUCCAAAUGGAUUCCCACGCCAAUCAGUCACCUCAGUCAACACUGAGGAGGAAAAGAGGAAUGCCUUAGAAAAGAGUAUGUACGUCCUUCAAGAACUUGUAGAAACAGAAAAAUUAUAUGUUGCUGACCUGGGCUUUAUAGUGGAGGGAUAUAUAGCAAAAAUGAAUGAAAAAGGAGUGCCCGAAGACAUGAAAGGGAAAGACAAAAUAGUGUUCGGGAACAUUCACCAGAUCUAUGAAUGGCACAAAAACUAUUUCUUAGGCGAGCUGGAGAAAUGCCUAGAAGAACCAGAGCGACUGGCUGUGCUCUUCAUAAAACAUGAAAGACGGUUGCACAUGUACGUGGUUUAUUGCCAGAAUAAACCUAAAUCAGAGCAUAUCGUCUCCGAGUACAUCGACACCUACUUCGAAGAGUUGAAGCAACAGCUAGGCCACAGGCUUCAGUUGAAUGACUUACUUAUCAAACCCGUUCAAAGAAUCAUGAAGUACCAGCUUCUUCUGAAGGAUCUCCUGAAGUAUUCAAAGAAGGCUGAGCUGGACACCACUCAGUUAGAGAAAGCUGUGGAGGUGAUGUGUUUUGUGCCCAGGCGCUGCAAUGAUAUGAUGAACGUCGGUCGCUUACAAGGCUUCGAGGGCAAGAUCACAGCUCAGGGAAAACUCCUUCAACAGGACACCUUCCACGUGAUCGAACAGGAUGCCGGCUUUCUCUCCCGCAGCAAGGAGCGGCGAGUUUUCCUCUUCGAGCAGAUCGUGAUCUUUAGUGAGCCACUAGAUAAGAAGAAGGGAUUUUCUCUGCCUGGUUAUCUCUUCAAGAACAGUAUUAAGGUUAGCUGCCUCGGCCUUGAAGAAACUGUGGAUAAUGAUCCUUGUAAAUUUGCCCUGACCUCACGUGGGACGGAUGGGAAUAUGGUGCGCUACGUCCUACAGGUCUCAAAUCCUGAAAUCCGGCAGGCCUGGAUUUCGAAUGUUAGUCAAAUCUUGGAGUCACAGCGGAACUUUUUGAAUGCUCUGCAAUCUCCCAUUGAGUAUCAGCGGAGGGAAAAUAAAUCCAACAGCCUGGGGAGACCACGUGAUACCAGGACAACACUGGCCACCUCAGGCGGUAUGAGGCCCCACUCUUCCGCAUCCAUGGAUAGAAACCAGUUUCCCUCCAUGAAGGCCUACAACACAUCACUGCCAGCCUUGUUCCUGCCCGCCUGCAGGACAGGUGAUGCUGCCUUGGAUACACAUCAGCCACAAAGCCAAGAGAAGUGCGCCAGGGAUGGAAACUCUGCCAAGAGAGAUGACCCACGUCACAACUCAGAGGACAAGCUGGACGAAAUCAACCUAUAAUAUCGCUGCUUUGUUGUGUUUUGUUUUUGCUUAGAGGAACUUAGGGUUCAGGAGCUUAUACACCAGGGGUUCAGGUAGCAACUUUCAGUUCUCUGUCCAUGAACUAAUUCCCAGCGUAAGUCAGUUGAGGUUUGAUGAGCAUUGACAGAUUGUAUCAACCGGAUUUGUUUCAACUAUCAACAGUGUUCUCCUGCACACUAGGUAUGUGUGAUAACAGACACAAGUUCCUAGAAAGUCAAAGGCAUUGUGCUGUCAUGCUUUUCAUUUCAUUCUUGCCUUCUGAGUACAGUUUCUACAUAGGAAUAUCAUAACUCAGUGGUGAAGUAUCUAUUUAACUCUCCCUUUGAUAGGCCAGCCCCAGUAAAGGUAGUUGUUUCAUCACUGGUAGACAAGGCUUUUCUUCUAAGAUAAGGCCCAUUGAGUGUGUUCUCCAAAUGAAAGUCAGCUACCUUCAGUGGCCAGUGAGAGAUCCCUGCUCAGCAGGAGGGGAGAAUUACAUUAAGCUUCACCCAUGAAGUAGGUCAGUCAAGGUUACUUUCGAAAAGUGUGUGAUCCGCUCCAUCGGAAUCACUGAGGCACCAAUGUGGUGUUUUCAAUGUCCUCCCCAUUCGCUUUCCUCACAGUCCUGUGUCCUGCCAGUUAAUACAAGCUCAACUCCCCAUCAGCAGAGAGCUGGCAGUGUAAACUCCUGUCACAACUGGAGUCCAAGGCCAAAGCUUCAGAAUAACAGUACCUGCUGUCUCCAGAGGAAUUGUACCCAGCUUUUAGCACACUGUACAGUGCUUCUGAAUUUUAUCAUUGGUGUUUGAAUAUUGAACAUAAACCCUGAUGCCCUCAUUGACUAGAGAGGGGGAAGCAGGAAGGUGACCCCAAGAUUAUUGUCACCCAAAAUGCAAGUCAAAGCAUAGUCGGCCUCCUAUAGUGAAGACUAUUGCACACCACUUAGAGAAAUUGUGAAAACACUGCCAACGUAAAGGUUAGUUCGAGGUCCAGAUGCGACAGCGACGUCCUGAGGAAGCAGCCAAACCAAACAGUGUCAGGCAAGGUGGGAAGGGAAAGAGCUGUUGACCCUUCAUGAGGUAAGGCCAAAUUUCCAGUGCCAGUGUCCAGCCACAUUGUCAUAGUCUGCGCCAUGUGAGAAAGAUGAUUGUAAACAUCUCCAAAUUCAUGGUAUCUGCUUUUCAGUUUGAAGCAUAGAAUAUUACAGCACAGAAACAGGCCUUUUGGCCCUUCUUGGCUUUUUAGCUUCUAAAGUUUGGACUAGUGUUCCAGUCUGUGACCUUCAUUGCUACCCCAGCAGUCUGCCUCAGGCCCGCUAGAAGCCGGGAGAACAGCCCAUGACCUUCUCUGCAACGUCCAAGUUCCUGCACUGCAUCCAUAGGCAUGUGCUUCGAGCUGGGCUCACUCGAAUGGCUCCGUGUCCCAACCAAUCAGGUGUGCGGAGUCUACCGCACCUCAGCUGCUUUGUGGCAGUCCAUUCGUUCCCACUCCUGGUCAGCACUAGUGCAGUAUCAAGGUGGUAAAUGAAUAAAAACAAGAACGACCUUGCCUUGGCUGAAGUCAAGAAAGAAAUUAUUCCAUGCUCCCUUGAACACUGCAGUUAAUGUGUAAAUAGUGAAUCAGAAUAUGCUCCAAAGGACACUCUCAGUCUGAGCUGGUAUGAUUACAUCCAUUGUUUGAUGUUAAUCCUUGAGAGUAUGCUUGCUUACAUUCCAGCACUUGAUGAUACACUCUUCCUGACCUGUUCCCCGCCUUUUCUCAAUGUUCAGAUCCCGCCACUGGAAUGGGCUUGUUCUAUGAGUAGAAUUAUAAUCAGCCUACCCAGUUAGUGACCUUAUCAAAGGAUUCAGAUGUGGCCAACUUAUGGUACAUACAUCCUCUCUGGAAUGUGUAUGUGCUUGAUAUGUGCAAUCUCUUGUUUAAUUUGAGAGUAAGCCUCACGAUUUCCUGAUCUGGUAUGAGCAGUUUGAAUGUUUGGGAGCAUAAGAAUGUGCAAGCUGGGCAGCUUGUCAGAGGGAUUUGAAGUAUAUUUAUAAAUGAAGCCUGUAUUUUGGCAUCAGCAGGGGAUUAAGCGCCUUCUUCUGAAAAUGCUGUUUUGAGCUGGAGUGGCUUUUACACAGAGCCGAGGGGGAUUCCUGACCCAAGUAUUCUUCUUUAACCUGGGACUCAACAGCACUCCCCUCCCAACCUAACAUGCUCGUUUUCCAAUGGGAAAACUUGCUCAGGACCAAGUUCUGUGAAAUUCUUAUCUUGGGUUUAAUGGCCUCUUUUGCCACAUUUUAAUUCCAAACAGCCUAGGGCUUUCACAGAUCAUUGAAAGGUAUUCUUCCAUAAUUACCUGAAAACAUCCAGAAUUCAGUAUAACUGCUGAAUCAUGUGGGAAGCUUUUCCAUGUUUUACACUCAACAGCAAAAGAAUGAUGCUCAGUUACUAGAGUUUUAAUUGUUAGCACAAAUUGAAAGACUCCAAUCUUAGAGGCGAUUAAACUAGAAACUCUUAGUAGGUUAGGCAGCAGCUGCGGAAAACAAAACAGUUAAUGCUUCAGAUCCAAGCCCCGUCAUCAGUCCUGUUGAGAGAUCUUGGAGCAGAAACAUUAGCUCUGUUUUCCUCUCCACGGAUGCUGCCCGGCCUGAUGAGUGUCCCCGGCACUUUCUGUUCUGGUUUACAAUUUCCAGCAUCUGCAGUGUUUAUGCUUUUCACCUGCUGACAAGCAGGUGCCGCGAGAUUGCUUUACUCCAGAUCCCAACUCUCUGACACCUUCCUGACAUUCGGCGAACUGUCCCACGUUGCAAAACGAAUACAAAGCAUUUCCUCUGUACUCACGCCCCUGUGCUGAAUUUCAGAUGGCAGUUUACCUGACAUUAGUUUGGCCUACUGCUGCUGAUGGCAUCUCAUGGGCCAAGGAUUGGUAGUGCUACAUUUUGUGGUUCUUCAUAGUCACACAGUCAUCCAGCAUAGAAACAGUACCUUCAUCUAUCGAAACCAUGCCGCAUACUGAAUAAUCAUUUAACUAAACACAAAUCCCCCGACAUUUCUAUGGCUGACCCCUCACCCACACAGUUUCACAAUUAGUUCGUAAACUCACCUGACUUUCAGCUGUGGGAGGAAAUUGGAGCACCUGGGGAAAUCCACAUGGUCAAAGGGAGAGCGUGCAAACUCCACAGAGACAGCACCGGUCAGGUUUGAACUCGGGUCUCUGGAGCUGUCAAGUAGUAGCUCCACCCAAAGUGUAUGAUAUUAACCCCUCCCCCAAUCACAUGACAGUUUUACCUUUAAUUAGCAGUUUAAAAAUGUAUACUGGAGCUUGGGAGAAUAUUUAGAAGUGUCAUGGCUUUGGGAAAUAAGGUAUGGGACAAAAUUGAAAGAAUCUCAUCAUUUUAUGGAAACAGCAUUAGUUUGGUAUCCUGGGAAGAGGAAGGGACCAUCCAGUUAAAUCAUGUCGGACUCCCAUCCCUUUUCCAAUUGGGGAACAGGCAGGAAAUUGGAGCUGAGGUCGAGAUUGGAACAGCUCUGAUCGUAUUCAGUGGCGGUGUGGGCUUGAGAGGCCAAAGGGCUUACUCCUGCCCACUUUCCUUUUGCUCAUUUGACACUCAUUGUCCACAGCCUUUCGGGAGAAAAGAUCUCCACACAUCCACAGCCCUUGAUGUAAAAUAAAAUGUGUUUCUUAAUUUUGCCCUUGGUAUUUUAAGAUUAUCUUUCUAUGGUCUAUAUUUUCCUUCAGAGGAAUAAUUUCUCUGGAAUCUCAUUUCCUAUUGAAUCCUUGUAGCAUUUUAGACACCUUGAUUAGAUCUGCACUGAACACAAGAGAAUGUAAGUCGAUUUUGUGUGACCUAUCUUCCUACCUAAACCCGCUCAAGAUUAGGAGAUCCACAGAAUUCUUUUGAUGGUUCUUCUGGUAAUAUUACUGAACUGAAUCCCAAAGGAAACUUUUCCUUUGAGCUGAAUUAUACCUCUUUUAGGUCACGAUUAGUGUGUCGUACAACAGGCCUCAACUGUAGUGGCUGAUAUUUGGGGUUCUGAUCAUUAUUGACCAGAGCAAUUGGGGUGGCUUUACCAAGGAAAGUUUUGACCUUAGCGGGUGAAAGGGGCAAGGCUGAACAUCAGUCACCACCGCCCUCCUAGCACAAGAUGGAGCCAUGAGGGACUUCAAAAGGGAAAUACGAGUUGGGGGAUUAGGUCAAUGGAAUGUAUGGUUCCAAUUACCAAUAUAUCUUGUGUCAGUUUGUCGUUGCAUUUCCACAGAGUUCACCGCUGAGCAUUCUUCUGUGUAUUAUAUUCCUGUACAUGCAUGUUUUAAUAAAAUAUUGUCUUUUAAAGAAAUGUUGAGAUGGAGUACAAUGCUGUUGUAUCAUAUAUCAAAUUAAAACUGAAAAACUUUUAAA